AAGCUCUGCUCCAUCGAGAAAGCUUUCAUCUGGGACAGUUCGACGGUAGAUGUAACUUUUUGCAUUCAAAAUUUUGAAUGCGGUUAUUCUCUCCAGGAGGCCUUGUUCAUUUUGACCCUCGUGAGAAACAGCCAAUCGCAUCCUUCUGCACACACCAACCAUGAUACUCACAGUUGUGAGUACAGUCAUUCUGCUCUUCCUCUCCCUCGUUCAUGCUGUUAUUUUCAGUCGGCAAAUCGCAAAUUAGGGACUAUUUGUGCCAAUUGUCGAACAUCUCACACCACCCUGUGGCGACGAAAUCAACAUGGUGACUCAGUUUGCAACGCCUGUGGACUGUAUUACAAACUGCAUCACGUGAGUUCACUCUCACCCAGUGAGGAGAUUUUAAAAAAAUCAAUUAUUCACCUUAACUCUAGGAAUGCCAAAAUGGCACACAACCUAUUUAUUAAUGAAGUGCCGCCCUUUGAUUUUUCUCUAGUUUAG